AUGAUUAUUUUAAUGACGUCAUUUCGUGUUACAUUCAACGAUGAUGCUUUUCGGACUUAUAUUUUUUUGAAGUGUCUUUCAGAUGAUGAUUUAAGCGACGAAGAUUCGAACGUUUGUGCGAUUUGUUUAGAUAGUUAUACGAUUUCUGGUCCCCACAGAAUUGUAUGUCUUAAAUGUGGGCAUUUGUUUGGGCAGUCCUGCAUCGAGCGAUGGAUUCGAACUGAAAAAUAUUCCAAAUGUCCUCAGUGUAAAGCUAAAGCAAGGCUUUCUGAUAUACGUCAUAUUUACGCACGAGCUGUGAAGGCGGUUGAUACAACCGAACUGGAGCAGUUGAAGCAUGUAAAUGAAGCAUAUAAAGUUGAGAAUGAUAAUUUACGUUUAGAAAAUCAACAGUUAAAAGAGAAAAUUGUUGACGUGGAAAACUGUAAUUCAUACAAAGCUGAAAUUGAAAAAUUGACCAUCGAGAACGCAAAGUUAAGAGCAAGGAUUGCCUUAAAAACUGAUGGCAAUACAAAUGAAUUGUCGACAUCUACUGCCAAAGGAGCUACAUCCUCUUAUUUUUCACUGGUCGCAGGUCCUGUUGUCUCUGUAUCAACUCAGGCUGGUUCCCGUUCAUUAGAUGCAAAUGGCAAAUUUUUCGUGGUGACUUGCAAAAUCCGAAACGAUAUCUUUAUGCCUUACGGACUCAAAUUGAUUACAAUGGAUGGUCGUGAAGAUGUAAUCGUUCCAGUGCAUAGCAGUAAACCUCGUUGUUGUAGAUUUUCACCCUUUGAUGAUCAACUAGUACUUUCAACUGGAGAGGAUAGCACAGUUUGUGUUGCAAGCUUCAUUACUAUGAGAAUCGAACAUCGCAUCCCACUCCCAACUUUUGGCUGGUGCUGUUGUUGGUUGUCUAAAGAUGAAGUAGCUGUAGGUCUCAUUAGUGGUAGAGUUCUGAAAUUCAAUCUUCGUGAUCCAACUAUUGAUCCAUUUGAUAUAACCUGCAAUAGAGCUCGUUUCCCUAUCAUAAAUCUCGAAUUCUAUCCAAAACAGUCUUUGCUGUUUGUAACCUCGUUAAGAGAGUGUGUACUUUAUCUUCAUCAGCAGCCACAUGUUUUGGUAUCAGACCAGGGCUCUAUAAAUUCAUUCUGCUACGAUGAACGUAGUGGUAAAGUGAUGCUAACAUUUGCUCCCAGCCAGCACCAUCAAACAGUAACUCACGUCUUGUACUCCUUAGAUUUGACGGGCGAACAAAAAAAACUUAAACACAUCCAUACUUAUCGUAGCGAUUCAGUAAAACUUACUCGUGUCGUAAGAAGUGCUGUUUGGGAUAGUUCUUAUGGCCCAAUAGCUGCCAUUUAUGAUGAAGCUAAUUCAGAUAUGAUUCUCUAUGACUGGACACGCCGUUGUCCAGCAAUUGUGAAACGUAUCCCUAGCGCGGUUGUUGACAUCAGAGAAGUCACAGCCUGUGACUUAAGAAAUUUUCUUCUUGGAUGCUUAAGUGAGACGACACUUUAUCUGUUUGAAGCACGAUGUUAA